AUGGAUGACUUUCAUGAAACUUGGGUUGAAAUUUGGGGUAUGGAGGUAUCGCCAAAGGUACCACACUUUUUAUGGAGAAUGUGCAAUGGAACCCUUCCAACUCGUGCGCUACUCCGGUCAAGGCAUAUGCUGGAUGAUUCGAACUGCCCAUGGGGCUGUGGCGCGAGUGAGACAACAGCGCAUGCGCUACUUGAGUGCCCUCAAGUGCAGGAGCUGUGGCAAGAUGUGGGAUGUGGCGAGCUUGUACGUGCAGCAGGAGGGGUGCUCCUCUUGGAAUGGGUAGUAAGCUGGAAGGAGGUAACGCUUAACCUUAAACAUCGAGCAGCAUAUAUGGCGUGGUGUGUGUGGAUAGAUCGCAACAAGAAGGUCUAUGAGGACAAGAUGAAUCCUAAUACAAUGUUAGUGGCACGAGUGGAAAUGCUAGUGGAGGAGUUCGGAAAAUAUAGUGCGAGUAUCUAUGGCAAGCCGAAAGCACGGAAAGGCUCAAGUCCUAAAAUUUGGAGGGCACCAGCACAUGGAGUGAUAAAAAUCAAUGCAGAUGCGUCAUUAGCAGAUGAAGGUUGGAUUGGGAUGGGUAUGGUGGCCAGAAAUCACGAAGGUAGGGUGUUGUUUGCAGCUUGUAGGAGAGUUCGAGCAACUUGGCCCGUGGAGAUUGUUGAAGGUAAAGUCUUAGCAAUGGCUAUUAAGCUAGGCAAGCGGUACGGCUACAAAAACAUUAUCUUAGAGUCUGACAGUCAAGUGGUAAUCUCACGCCUUUCGAAAGUAGCCGUCUAUCACUCUGAUCUAGAUUCCGUGCUUGAAGAUAUUUUGUCUCUUAGUAGCUUUUUCGAUUCAAUUAGUUGGUCUCACGUUAAAAGGGAUGGCAAUACUGUAGCCCAUCACCUUGCUAAGCUAGUGCCUUUUGGUAUUGAACAAGUAUGGGAGAAUCAUUGCCCAACGGAGAUUUCCCCGUAUGUACUAAUGGACACUUUGUCCCUUGAUUAA